GUUGCCACCUCACACACUCGUAACCCAGUUCAGGAGAUAAUUACUACGCCAACCGGAAAACAGACUGCAAUUCCUUGUCAGUCAAGAGAGGAAUUCUCAUUUUCCACCUCGAAGCAUACUGAAAGUUUGAAUAAUAUGAAUGCACUGACUCAGUAUUGAGAACAGGACACUUUUUUUCAAGAUGAAAAUUUGUACUCGCUUUGCGGAGCGAUAUGUGUGUGAAUAGUCACCCUAUGUAAAAGCGCACGAAAUAACGCUACAGAAUGGAAAGGUGGAUGAGGAAGCGGCCAUUUUGUUUCAAUGUCACAUGUACACCCACAUGACCCAGUGUUUGGCCCCGUGACUUACUGCAGCCUCCCUGAUUCGUUUGCGGUCCCUUCUCUCAGCAAAACCACAUGGAUAUGUUAGAACAGGCCUUGGAACCCAGUGGACAAGAAAAGAGUGACCAAGAACUUCAAGGCAAAGAUGAUGGGGAGAUUGGGUCAGGGUCUGAAGACACCACCGUCAUUGCCAGUUCUACGCCGUUUGGAACUGAAAACAUUCACUACCAAUUUCGAACGGACAGCAAUGGACAGAGCCAAGUGACAUAUCGAGUGGUGCAGGUGGACCCUGAUGCCACAAACAGUACAUCGGCAGUCAAUGUUGUCACGACUACAUCAUUCCCACAAGGCGGCCAGGCAGUCACUCAGGUCAUUCAGAGUCCAUUCAGUAAUGGUGAGAGUCCGACCUCAGACGCACCUGCUGGCGAGACCAGAUUUACCUAUUUCCCCACCUCUGCCGUGGUCACCGAUCCUAGCAUCAUCACACAACAAGCCGAGGCAUCUCUAGCAAAUGCCUCCGCAUCAGGAGGUCAGUUUUACGUGAUGAUGUCACCUCAAGAUGUGUUGCAAGGAGCUGCCCAGAGAACCAUUGCCCCAAGAACACACACAUUCACUCCUAAAAUUGAUGGAGCCCGCACAGCGAGGGACGACAGGAGAAGAGCGACACAUAAUGAAGUGGAACGCCGGAGGAGAGACAAGAUUAAUAACUGGAUUGUUAAACUUUCCAAGCUGGUUCCUGAAUGUGCUGCGGACCAAGGCAAAUCACAGCAGAGCAAAGGUGGUAUUUUAUCCAAAACCUGCGAUUACAUCAUCGACCUGAGAACCUCAAAUGCCCGCAUGGCUGAAACAGUCAAGGAGCACGAACGCAUCUCUGUUGACAACGAGUUGCUACGGCAACAGGUGGAGGAACUCAAGAACGAGAACACUCUCUUGAGGGCGCAAUUGCAGCAGCACGGAAUUGAAAUUGUCAGUGCUACUAUGGACAACUCCUAAGACUGUGAUAUAAUAUACUGACGUAUAUAUUGCAGUGUGUAAUAUACUGACACUCAGCAUAUCAUAUACUGAUAUGAUAUAGUGAGUGCUGGAUGACCUCCAAGGGAACAUAAGAGGCAAUGGUACAAAAAUCUGGAGGUGUUCCUGAAAGGCCUGGAGUUUUGUAGAAGCUGUUAUUUGCUUGGCUUACCACGCUGCAUCAAUAGCUAUUUGACAUGCAUUAGAAAAUUAGUGUAAGGGAUUGGCUCACAAGUUGGAAUGUUUCUGUUCCUUUUUAGGAAUACUCCAUUUGUUAUAUGGCACAUUCAGGCAUCUGGAGAUGCAUGAGCAUUCAGAGAUACAUGUAAUUCCAUUUAAAAGUAUCUGUCUAUACAAGGUCAUCCCUUUUACAAAAUGCGUGUGCGAUCCAAAUUGUUCCAAAACAGCAUUCUUGUCAAAGGCGUAAUGAGUUCAGGUGUGAAAUGACUGAUCUCAAGAAAAAUUCCAUCAUUGAAUGACAAUAUAAAACACGAAACACAAAAUUUUAAGAUGAGGUCUUUUUCGGUUUGCAACUUUUCCAUGCAGGGCAUGUGUUGUAGUUUGAAUCACGUUAUUAGAGAGAAAGUGGUAAGUUGUAACAAUUAUUUUUUUACAGUUAUUUGUGGUACGUUCUGGUCUUGAUUCAAGUUGUUAUUGUUGACUUGAAAAAUCACAUUCAACAGCAUCUGUGUGUUAAGUUGUGGUUUUUUAUUUUUAGAUUUUACACCUUUUUGUAGAUCUUUUAGAGUAGUAGCAACGACAGCAAACUUUAGUUUCUGGUUCCAGGUUUUUGAUUUCAAAUACCUGCAAGACAGCAAGACUGAUUCUUUUGUUCAUGUUUUCCCUCAAAACUCAAUAUGGUUCCUUUGUUUUAUCCUAUUAAAUAAUUUUGUAGGAGCCAAAAUUAUUUGUGUAAAUACUUAUGAGAGUAAUAUUUUUCCAAGCAAAGUGCUCACACUACAGUGAACCACACACAUUUUUUGUCAUUCUUUAAGUUUAUUUGACAUGUACGUGUAUGUGUAGCUGUUAGAGAUUUGCCACAUGUUGAUACAUUGUUGAAGAUGCAUACAAAUCACAGCCUGUUGUUUCCAAUAUCCCCUCAGAUUCCCUCAAUAGCUCAUCAUUCCUUAUUAAGUGCAAGAUUGUCUUGCAAAAUAUUUUCAUAUUGAGACCAUUUUGAAUUUUCAUAUAGCAUACUAGACCAGUUUGGUUCGUGUUACAUUUCUUGCCUUUCAUCUUUGUGGUCUGAGGUUCCAAUCCCACCUUUUAUUAAUCUGUGGGUUUCCUUUUAGAGUAUUUUUCUGGUGCAUCUUUCAAAUUUUCUCCUUGGCCAUCGAUCCACAGGUUUUUCCGGAAUGCUUGGCCAAAGGACUUCUUGAUUCUGUUUCCAGUAACACAGUGAAAAGUUAAAAAUUAUAAAUUGCCGGUCAAGUUGAAUGAGAAAAAAGAAAUGAAGAAUGAAUGAGAAAUGGAGUACUGCAUGGCAGUCAUAUUACUGGUGUAGAGUCGCAUUAUCGCACGCAGUCGAGGUUUUGUGGCUGUGGAGCCAUUUAUUUAUAUACACUAUUAUAUAGCAGAACUACCGCUACAGAGCCGUUACAGAGUAAUACUAUGACUGUAAAAUACGGCUGCAAUCAUUUGCUGCUAGUAAGUUAAGAUAGAACUGCAUUACGGCUACAGAGUCGUUUCAAGGUUGCUGAGCAGUUCAUGGCUACGGCUACGGCCACACAGCCAAAGCAAGACAAGAUCAUUAAUGUAAUUUUAUUCGCAAGGUUACUUUCUCUCCACUUGGUAUUAGAAGUUAAGAAAGGUAGAAUGUAGAAUUGUGUACAUGUUAACUCGGAUGUGUCUGGUAUACAUAGCCUCAUUCCGGAAGGAAGUUUUAGUUUCGAAAUCACAUUCAAAGUAAUUUUACCGUUGGCGUGUGAAUAUGAAAUAAGAUUGUACAGUUUAAAUUAAUUUAAAGAUAACUUUUUCAAAACGGUAUUGAUAUUGAUAUUUGAAAGAGGGUUAAGGGAUUUUGACUAUUGAAUAAAACAAUGCUGUACAGGUUGAGAGGCAUGAA